UUCUCUCGUACCCUGGAAGAAGUUGAAAUGGCGGAAGAAGGAAGUUCGGAGGAGUACAUGGAAAUCGUGUCUAACGCGGAAUUUCUGGACGGCAGCGUGAUCUUCCACCUCGUCAGAGACUCGGUAGGAUUUGUCCUCUACAUGCACCAGCAAAUCCCUUCCGUUUUGCAGGAUAUGACCCUGGAAUUUGAUACUCUGUGCACUGAAUUUAAGGAGUUGGAAUUGGAUCUUACUCAAAGUGAAGUGAAAAAAGUGUCAGUUCGAAGAAAACACAUUAGCAGAAUGAGAGAAAUCAAGCGUGAGAUUAAACGAGUAGAGAAGUUGAUGAAUACAGUUUCUAGUCUUCAAACAGCAUUGCAACUUAUGGUUAGAGAGAUUCCUAAUGUUCAAAAAGUCAUGCUGGUUCUUGGUGGGAGUCCAAUACGACCACGUUAUGUAUAUGAGUUGUUCUUUUCACAUGGAGAAGUUGUCUCCAGUGGUUCAGGAGAUUUUUCUAAAAGCAAAGCUGCAGAAAUGCUUUCAAGAAAGGCUAUUCGAGCACUGAUCUCAAAGGAUGCCGGAUCUAGCUCCUAUCCAGGCCCCACAAAACUGUUUCUAUUGGUUAAAGCUCCCUCUUCUUUCAAUCUGCCUCAACAUUUUCUUCCCAAACGUGACUUUAGAUAUAGCAAAAAGAUUGUGCCUUUCAGGCUGAGGUUCAAGUGUAGAACUCGAGUUGGGGAGAUGGAUUCUCUUCAUCAUGCUUCUCAGACUAGAAACAGCACUUGUUUAAAAGAUGCUAUUUCCAAUGAUUUCAUCUGGUUUCAAUGUAGACAUGUAAUCAAGGGAUUAGCACUCGAGGGACGAGAAGAAGAAUAACCGAAAUUUUUCUUCUCAGUGUUUAUAAAUAACCUCUCUCUCAUAUUUGCUUGAUCCUCUGAAGGUUGAUAGCAUUCGAAACUUAAGAUGGCAAAUUUGUUCCCUUUUAAAAUUUUCCUUUCUCUAAGAGUAGUUUCGUAGGACUUUUGAGUUUUGAAGUACUUAGAUUUAUUUUGUGAUUAUAAAAACUACAAGGAUAAUGAAGCGAACAUAUACAUGUAGGACGGUUCGAUUGGA